AUGUCUACAACGCCGCGGUUAGAUGAUGAAGCUACUCGUAUUACCAGAUCACCAUACACGCCAUCCACACGGGCUGGUACACCAAGAGUGCUUUCAGAGUACUCAAACGCGCCUACUCCCAAAACUCCAAAGUCUAGAACAUACAGUCCGGACACAACACGGCGGAUAACAGACUAUGCACCUGACGCAUCAAUCGCACUCAUUGGUAUGCGCGGAAGUGGCUUGUCCACAUUAGCCGUCUUAGCUUCAAGCACCUUGGGCUUUCGAGUUCUGGAUGCCGACCAAUACUUCUACAAAGUCACUGGCCUCUCAAGAGCGGCUUACAAAUCUACCCAUGGCAUCUCUCAGUAUCGUCAGGAGGAACUGCAGUUGAUGAGAUCCAUGCUCUUCGAAAACCCAACUGGAGCUAUCAUCGUCUGCGGGCCUGGUGCUGUGGAAGGAAAGGGGAGAGAAUGGCUUGCGGAAUUUGCCAAAGAACAUCUCAUUAUCUAUAUCUUACGCGACGCCGAGGAUAUCCAAAGACACUUGCGUGUGUUUGAUCUAGACACAAUCCGAAAUCUCAUCCGUCGAGCCACACCAGCUUACAGAAGACUAUCAAGCUUUGAGUACUACAACACCUCUGACACAUCAAUACGUAAAUCGAACACCUCGCCUUCACGUGGGGAUCUGUCUCCUUCGGCUCUCGCACUCAAGAAUGUCGAGAACGACUUUCUCAACCUGAUACAUGGAAUAGUCAAGCGAGAUGAUUCAUACGGCAGAUACAAAGCUCGGCAUAGCCUGUCGUCUCUGCCCUUAGUUUCGCGGAGCUAUACUUAUGCGUUGUCUAUACCACUAAAAACUCUUACUGCCCUAAUAUCGGAGCUCGGGGACGUUGACGUAGAGGCCGACGCAGUUGAACUUACCAUAUCAUUGUCAACUGUAUGUAAGGACGGGAAUGAAAUCGACGACGCGAUAGCAGAUCGCAUCAGCAGACAAAUAUCUAUCGUUAGGAGAAAUAUUUGCCUUCCUAUCAUCUACCAGGUGAACCCCUACGAUAUUCAUCGAGUCAGCGUGGAUGAAUACUUCAGAAUUCUAGAUCAUGGACUAAGACUUGGGGCUGAAUACCUCUGUGUGGACCUCGAAUUCGACACAGCCAAAAUCCAAACUCUGAUAUCGUCAAAAGGCCAAACAAAGAUGAUUGGUCACUACUCGGCGUCUGGCGAUGAAGAUGAUGGGUGGGAUUCUCCGAAGCAAUGGGCUAUGGUUCAGCGGGCUCAAACUCUUGGCUGCGAUAUACUUCGUAUUUGCAGGAAGGCGACAUGUUUGGCGGACAACUUUGCGGCACGACACUUUUGCCAUCGUGUGAAGUCCUCCCAACGGUAUACAAUCCCUGUGAUAGCGUACAACACUGGCCAUCUUGGACGCAUGUCGUGUUACACGAAUUCGAUUCUCAGCCCUGUCACUCAUCCACUUGUCCGCAAGUUAGCACCCGAAUGCCCGUCAAUUUCACUCCUGACUGUCCAAGAAGCCCAGAGAGCAACGUUUGCAUCAUUCUUGCUCGAUGACCAGUUCUUCGGUAUAUACGGAAACAACACUUCACAGAGUCUGUCACCUGCCAUGCACGAAGCUGCCUUCAAGUUACUGGGUAUGCCCCACCGUUACAACAUCUACACAAAAGACUCAAUGGAUGAGCUUUUUGAGAUGGUCCAGGACGUCAAGUUUGGAGGAGCCAGUAUUACUGCCCCUUUCAAAACUGCCGUGAUUCCAAAAAUGGACUUUCUCAGUGAGGAAGCCAAAGCUAUUGGGGCUGUCAACACCAUGAUAUGCCUAAAAUCGCCAACAAUGGAUUCCUUGCUCGACAGAAACACAACUGCACCAACUGUAGCGCUCUUUGGUGAGAACACUGAUUGGAUCGGUAUACAUACCUGUGUUCAGCGCAAUCUAUCGCCUAUCAAUGCUGUGAGGCGGCGAACAACAGGGCUGAUAGUGGGUGCCGGUGGAAUGGCUCGAGCAGCCGCCUACGCCUUCAUCCGCCUGGGGAUCAAGAACAUUGUCAUUCAUAACCGUACACGGUCAAAAGCAGAAGACCUCAUCGCUCAAUUCAAGAACCCAAGAAGCUGUAUCACCAGGGAAGAUGAGGUUGAUUCGGCGGUCUUUGGAAGGGGUAGUGAGAGUCCAGAUCGCAUGACAGAUCCAGUGUUUAAAAUACUUGAUUCCAAGACUGACACAUGGCCAGAGGAGUUGAGUCUGCCAACUAUCGUUGUUUCUUGCAUUGCUACUAAGAACAUUGAUGGCAAAUGUUCCGUGGACACGAGUCUUCCUGAAGGUUGGCUGUCGAGUCCAACUGGUGGCGUUGUGAUCGAGCUUUCUUACACGCCACUUGAGACUCCAUUGUUACAGCAAACUAAACAGUUGGCUGAUAGGGGAUGGAUUACAGUGGAUGGUCUCGAAGUUCUACCAGAGCAGGGCAUGAUGCAAUUCGAGUUGUUUACAACUCGAAGGGCGCCAGCUAAUAUUAUGAGGCAAGAGGUUUUCCAAGCAUAUAAAAGAAGAGUUGGAAAAUGA